AUGCUUGAAAGGAACCAUCAGGUCAUGCAAAUGGCCGGCAUCUACCGCAAUGCUGCCACUGUUUUUGUCUGGCUGGGACAGCCGCACGGGGAAUAUGACGAGCUGGCCGCAGCCCUGAAAAGAAUUGAUGAUGAUUUGUGGAAAGACGCUGAUGGUUUUAAACUGCGCCUGAGACGGGAGUUUCAGGACCAUUUCGGAGACGACUCACGUCCUGUCAAUCGCCAGCUCGUCGACUUGCUCUCGCGCGAUUACUGGGGCCGCAUGUGGAUCGUCCAGGAAGUCAUCCUUGGUCGAGACAAGCUCGGUGCUGGAAGCCCUGAUGGGAAAGGUCUGGCGCUUGAAGCCUGGUGCGAGAAGCACAUGGGACGAGCGCUCCAGAUAUCCGAAACGGCGAGAACCCACUGGGAAAAGGGCAUAAUUAGCGAAAAGCCAACUCUCAUCCAGCUACUUCAACUCCUCCAAGGUGGUCGAAUGUGCGCAGAACUAUUGGACAAGGUCUACGCCCUUCUCGAAUUGGCCCAGGACUCUGGAGUUCUUAAAGAAGGAACUCUUGACGCGGAUUACUCAAUAUCCCUCGAGACCCUUUUCUUCAGGGUACUUCGUGCCGAGUCUGAGUCAACUGUGACGGAUCAUGUUCUGCUUAAAGACGCGAUAUGCCUUGCAGAGUAUCUUGGGCUUACGUUUCCGAUACUGAGUGACUACUUGAAGACGCCAGAAGGACAGAGCCAUCGAGAAGGGCCGAUCUGGUUGGGCAUCAAACAUUCUUACGCACCUGGAAUAAUCAACAUCCCCACAGCCCUGAAGUCCCGCUGGGUCUCGGGACUCUGGGCGCCCUGCAGGGGCGCUGGGGAUCAGGUGUACCAAUUCGAUCACGACCGGAGUAUGUCUGCUACCGAAUUGCUAAUACUUCCGUUUGACAUUGCAUUCGAGUUCGCGUACUCGUGGCCCGAUGAGGAUGUCAGAAAAGCUGUGGUCUUCCGACGGACGAAGGAAGGAACGUUCUCGUAUGCCGCAAUGGCCGAGUAUCCGGCCGAUCAUGUGAAGCACAGAAGAUGCUUCCUAUAUCACUUGCCCGCACUCCAGGGGACAGGGCCUUUUACCGCGAAGCCAAAUCACCUCCCGAAACGACUCGCUAUCCCCAUUCCCGCCUUUGUGGCUCUCAUGGUGCUGUUCCAGAUGAACAUGUCGAUUGCUAACCCACGAGUCAGUAAAGAUGUGUUGGAGCUGCUCGGGGUCGGGGACGGGUUUGUGAUCACGCAUUCCUCCCUCGUUGUGCAUAGACCGCUUCCCGAUGUGCCAGACUACGAUACAAUGGACCACGAUAUAAAGAGUGUCAGGGAGAAAGAUUGUCAGGAAGUUUACGAUGGAUAUUCGGAACUACUUCGGGCUCAAGCAGGAGGUCACUGA